AUCCCCGAAUAAUUUAUCGAGUAAUUUACCAAAGCCCUCCUCGAAUAUUUCUGUUGUUUGAUUAUAAUUUUGUUUUGACACAAAGCUUGGGUUUUUCCUUUUUUGUCCGAAAAGAUAAAGUUACAAUCUUUGCAUAUGAAACCAAAAAAAAGAAAGCUUCUUCAACCGUCACAAUUUCUGUGUCUGAUUCGGAAUUCCGAAAUUCCAUAACAAACAUACGAAGAUAAACGAAGAAUUAAUAAAAGAUAAAUUGCGAUAGCGAUGUCGUGUCCUUCUUAUCCUCUUUUUCACAAAAAAACUAGUGUUUCUUUUUUCACACAAGCACGAAUUACAAUUUCUAUAUAAUAUUAGAUCGUGCAGUGCAGAGCCCAUUUUGUUGACGAUCAAAUGUCACUUUAGCACAGCAAGAUGAUGUCGUUUUCUGAACGGAUCCUGCCCAUCGCGUAUUUGAUUUAAUAGUUGAUUUGCGCACGCAUUAAAUCCUAUUCGGUUUAAGCAGCAGCUGCCUUGCUUAAUUUCCUUUUCGUAUAAGAAAGAAAGAUUUACUAGUUUGUGGCAAACCAAGCUUCUUCAAACACCUUUUUCCAGUUCUCCCCAUUCUUGUCGAGUUGGUGGGAUUCAAAGAGUGAUUUUGUGGAUUAUUGAUUUGAGGGCGACCCUUUUGAAGAUUGAUCAAGAGGGGCCGUCAAAUAUUCAAUCUUGAUUUGUGGGUCCUUUUUAUCCUUUUGAUUUCUCGUCUUUUCUUUGCGAUCUGGGCGAUUUUGAUGUCGAAUUUGUUGUCGGAGAGUUCAAAUUAAAGGUAUUGGCUUUUGAUUCUUUGUUGUAAUAUCUGUUGUAUCAAGAGACUUCUUGAGCUGCUGGAAAAAUCGUUCACUGCAUCGAUCAAUUCUGCCCUUGUUGAUUCUUUCAGCUAGUACAACUAAGGUUAGUUCUAAUUUGGGAUUUAUCUUUAGGGUUAUUUGUUUUGUUUAGGUGGAGAAAAUGGAUAUCAGUAAUGAGGCUAGGGUUGAUUCAUUCUCAAUUGGGCCGUCUACACUUUUUGGCCGGACCAUUGCUUUUAGAGUGUUAUUCUGCAAUUCCAUGUCACAUUUGAGGCAUCAAAUAUUUGGGAUGUUGUGGAUGUACAUUUACAAGUUGAAGAACUGUUUGAGUGACUACUUAUCCCCUGUGAUCUCAUGGUUCCAUCCAAGGAAUCCACAAGGGAUUCUCGUGAUGGUGACGAUGAUUGCCUUCUUGUUGAAACGCUACACGAAUGUGAAGAUGAGGGCGGAGAUGGCGUAUAGGAGGAAGUUUUGGAGGAAUAUGAUGAGAGCUGCAUUAACCUAUGAGGAGUGGGCUCAUGCCGCAAAAAUGAUGGACAAAGAGACUCUUAAGAUGAAUGAAUCUGAUCUCUAUGAUGAGGAGCUUGUGAGGAAUAAGCUUCAAGAGCUUCGCCAUCGUCGCCAAGAGGGAUCUCUUAGGGAUAUCAUAUUCUGUAUGAGGGCUGACUUAGUUAGGAAUCUAGGUAACAUGUGCAAUCCGGAGCUCCACAAAGGAAGACUCCACGUGCCGAAACUCAUAAAGGAGUACAUAGAUGAAGUUACUACACAGUUAAGAAUGGUGUGCGACUCUGAUUCGGAGGAGCUUCUGUUGGAGGAGAAGCUCGCUUUCAUGCAUGAAACGAGGCAUGCCUUUGGUAGAACGGCUUUGCUUUUAAGUGGAGGCGCUUCGUUGGGGGCUUUUCAUGUUGGGGUAGUCAAAACAUUGGUAGAACAUAAGCUUUUGCCGCGCAUAAUUGCUGGUUCUAGUGUAGGGUCGAUAAUGUGUUCUGUUGUUGCAACUAGGUCUUGGCCCGAGCUGCAGAGUUUCUUCGAGGAUUCUUGGCAUUCGAUUCAGUUCUUCGACCAGAUGGGUGGGAUUUUCACCGUGUUCAAGAGGGUCAUGACGCAGGGCGCGGUUCAUGAGAUUAGACAGUUGCAGAUGAUGUUGAGGCACCUUACGAAUAAUCUCACUUUCCAGGAAGCUUAUGAUAUGACUGGUCGCAUCUUGGGAAUCACGGUUUGUUCCCCAAGGAAGCACGAACCUCCGAGAUGCCUCAACUACUUGACUUCACCUCAUGUGGUCAUUUGGAGUGCCGUGACUGCUUCUUGUGCUUUUCCUGGUCUCUUUGAAGCUCAAGAACUUAUGGCAAAGGAUAGAAUCGGGGACAUUGUUCCUUUCCACCCUCCGUUUCAGUUGGGGCCUGAGGAGGCUUCAGGCACGUCUUCACGUCGUUGGAGAGAUGGUAGCUUGGAGAUCGAUUUGCCAAUGAUGCAGUUGAAAGAACUUUUCAAUGUAAAUCAUUUCAUAGUGAGUCAGGCAAACCCUCAUAUCGUACCUUUACUGAGGCUGAAGGAGCUUGUUAGAGCAUAUGGAGGCAACUUUGCCGCAAAGCUUGCUCAUCUAGCUGAAAUGGAGGUAAAGCACAGAUGCAACCAAAUAUUGGAACUUGGUUUUCCACUGGGUGGACUUGCCAAGCUCUUUGCUCAAGAUUGGGAGGGUGACGUGACUGUCGUAAUGCCCGCUACUUUAGCUCAGCUGUCAAAGAUAAUACAGAAUCCAUCAUAUGUAGAGCUUCAGAAGUCAGCAAACCAAGGCAGGAGAUGCACUUGGGAGAAGCUGUCGACGAUAAAGGCGAACUGUGGAAUAGAACUCGCCCUUGAUGAGUGCGUCGCGAUUCUCAACCACAUGCGCAGAUUGAAGAGGAGCGCGGAGAGGGCGGCUGCAGCAGCUUCGUCUCAUAGUUUGCCUCUUCCCACCAGUGUGAGGUUCAACGCGUCUAAGAGGAUUCCUUCUUGGAAUGUCAUAGCUCGAGAGAACUCGACCGGGUCUCUCGAGGAAGACCUACUCGCGGAGGCCGCAUCUUCUCUUCACCAAGGCGCGGGCGGCUCGACAGGGCAAGCUGCGAGGAAUCUACGGACUCACCGGUACAUACACGACGGGAGCGACAGCGAGUCUGAGAGCGCUGAUCUGAAUUCUUGGACGAGAUCAGGAGGUCCGCUGAUGAGGACUACUUCGGCUGAUCAAUUUGUCGACUUUGUACAAAAUCUUGAGAUCGAUACCAGAAUGAACAGAGGAGCGAUGGGACAAUCGAGCAUUGCCGGGAUCCAGCCGGUUGCACGUGAUCAGAUGCAUCACGGUUUGAGGGUCACGACGCCGGAUAGGACGUCGUCGGACACGGAGUACGAUCAGUAUGGCAGCCGGACUCCGACUCCAGUAGGGAGUUCGAGCAUCAUGGUGGCGGAGGGUGAUCUCCUGCAGCCCGAACGGAUCCAGAAUGGUAUAGUGUUCAACGUCGUGAGGAAGGAGGUGUUGACCCCAUCGGGAAGGAGCCAAGAGUCACCCUCGGAGCACAAUAGCUCGACACACGAGUCGGUUGCCGAGUGUGUGCAGCUCGACUGCCCGGAGAAGGAGAUGGACGCCACCUCUGUCUCAGAGAGCGGAGACGACAUCAGGGAAGACGUGUGUGUCGCCGGAGAUGCCUCGGAUCACGUCCCGGAAAGUCCUUCCAGUGAUGGUAUUUGCGAUAAACACAUUACCGGUGGCGAGUAGAAUGGCGUUUGUAAAUUGAAAUUUCAGCUUCAAACAAUUGCUCCUAUUUUGAGAGCAAAUUGUUGAAAGUUAUGUAUCAUUGCAUGAGUUAUCUACCGAAUUGAGCUCCAA